CAGGGCAGCUGGAGGGAAGAAAGCGAUGGCCCAGGGGCAGAAGCUUUAUUUUACCCGAAGUGGAAGCACUGUGAGACGCCAGGCAUGAAGACCCUGUGCAAUCUGAAGCAACGUCUGAACCAGCUUCAGAAAGACAACUGGGAGGAUGUCUACCUGUACAUCUCUGGACACCUGAACCCCAACGAGCUCUACCGGCCUCCUGAGAUGGCCUUACAGCACUGGCCCAAUGCCAACCAGCCCCAGGAGCAGCGUGUCUCUGGGGUGGGAGAGCCAGCUGCAGGACAGGUGGCGAGGAUGAAGGAGGCCCUGGCCCUCUUCCCCAUACACAUGGCACUGAUCCCCAGCGAUGCCCAGGACAUCUCACUGUUCAGGUACCUGAACCCCCAGGCCUCUCUUUCCCACACUUCAGAGGAGGAUCUCCUUCCAAUGGAGGCUCCUGGAGAAGGGAAGGAGAAGAUGCACAGAGGCCCACCUGGAUGGCGCAGGAGGGAAGAACUCCGGCUGCCCCACAUGGAGGUGCCGCAAUGCCAGGAGGCCGGGCUCAGAGGCACCAGGGACCAGCACCGCUAUGUCAGCUCCUGCCUGGCUGCGGUCACCAAGGCCAACAGCUACAGGAUGUUCCUGAGUUUCCAGAAGGAAGUGCUUGCCAAGCAAGAUCUCCUGGAAAAUGACUUCACUGGGAGCAAGGUGGCCAAGGGCCAUGAGAGAAAGCUGCAGCAGUUGAGUGUGGCAGCCCUGUGGUGCUCUCGGUGCGGUGCUCUUGGUGCAGUGCUCUCGGUGCGGUGCUCUUGGUGCAGUGCUCUCGGUGCGGUGCUCUUGGUGCAGUGCUCUUGGUGCGGUGCUCUUGGUGCAGUGCUCUCGGUGCGGUGCUCUCUGUUCGGCGCUCUCGGUGCGGCGCCCUCGGUGCGGCACCCUUGGUGCAGGGACAGGCUCAUCCUCUGAGGCUUCCCUGCCACGUCCAGGUAUAGUGCGUCACUGCCCCAGGUGCUGAAGCAUUAGCACCUUCGGCGGGGACAGAUUGGGUAAAAUGGAGGAGAAAGCCGUCUGGGAACUGGUAAGCUGGCGGAGGCCCAUCACAGACACAUUGGAGGCCAUGUGGCUGCAACAGUAAAUCAGAUGAUCGUGGGUCAGCCAAGGAGUCUGAGAGAGGGCUUGCUGCCUGACGGUGGAAGAGCAGUGAGGGGAGACGGAGAGCUGAUGGGCAGUGUCACGCCCUUCAGUAUGCCCAGGCAGCAUGUGUCUACAGAAGGUGCUGGCGCGAGGGGAAGAUCUAGGAUGGGCUGCUGACUCAGGAGAACUGCUGAUGGGAGGCCGUCCACCUCCCAAUGGAGAGGAUGCACAAGGGAGAAGGAAAUAGCAGGUUCCCAGGAAGCAGCCAGACCUCAGGGUUGGAAGAGAGAAAAGGCCUUGGGGGACUGGGAGGCAGAGAUUGGACCCUUGAGGACAGGGAGCAAGAGAGUGAAUAAAGAAGAAGGGUUUUAAAAAUCCCAAUUCUUGGGUGACCAGGGAAGCACAGAAGCUCAGCAGCUGGUGGGAGGGAUCAGAACUCCUGGGUAUCAUCCCCCUGUGCCACCCUGUCCAGUCACCAGGGUGAUAGCUGCUGUGUCCUCCCUGACUCCUGAGAAACUCGGUUCUGGAAGAAAAAUGAAGGUGUCCUAAAAUACU